AUGGCCGGCGCACUGGUGUACAUCAUACAUGCGGUGGCUGUAGCAGGCGAAAGUGUACCGACAAACAUGUUGCUGAUCGGCGGCUUUGCCAAGUGCGGCACAUCACAUCUCCACAGAGUCCUGGCCGAUCAUCCGAAAGUCUUCGCCUUGCGGAAAGAGCUUAAACCUUUGCCCGGAAAACACCAGAUGUUUGAAGAGGUGAUUUUCUUCUAUGCGCGAGAAGUUGCACGCGUUGAUGUUAGCAGCCCGGUGCUAAUUCGAGACGCCUGUCGCAACAAUUUCAACGAUAAUGAAUCCAAACAAGAAUGUUUGCGUGCUCUACCAGGUAAAGAUGAUUCGUUGCCUGCAAAAAAAGAUAUUGCUCCAAAGAUAUUGCUGUUCACACACAUCAACUUUCACCGGGACCCUGUGCUGAUGGAACGAUGGGGCGCCACAGUAAAAACCAUCUACCUUGUGCGAGACCCUGCAGAGUAUUUGUGGGCAGCUUUCAACUAUUGGAGAACUGACUUGGAUGCCAAUUCUGCACAAAAAACGAGUGUUGGCAACUUCUACCGGAGCCCCGAGUUGUUUCAUGAGUUGCUUCUGGCAGAUGGCCUUCUCAAAUGGAAGAUGGGCUUGAACGGCCGAACAGGUGAGUGGUUCUUUCUUCUACAAAAUGAAACGACUUCUUCUUCUUUAAAAGAAAAAGAACGACUUCUUCUUCCGAAAUUUCACCUCCUUUUGCGCUCGGAAGAUCUUCUGGAUCCACAUCUCACGGCACUGGCCCUUGGAAAAAUCAGCUCUUUCACCGGAUUGAAGGCGGAAGACUUCAACUCCUCCUCUUUCAACACCCGGACCAAUGCAGGAUAUUCCGCGUCUUCGAAGGGAAUUCUGACAGUGAGUGAACAAACAAUGGUGCAAAGCGGAGUCUAUGAGCUUUCUGGUUACCGGCCAAUGCUUUGCAAGACCCGGAUCUUCAUUUACCAAAACUACAAUGCAGUUUGCCAGGUGUUGGCUGCCAGAUACGAUGUCACCUACACCGCUUGCCUGUCAAGCACUGGCAAGGAAGCAUGCGCAGAAGACGGACCUCGCGAAAAGAAGUUCAUCAUCCCGAUCUUCAAUAGGUGUGACGUGGAUUUGACAAUGAAGCUUUGCACGGUGCUUUUGAUUGUGUUUUUUGUAUGCUUUCUUCACCGAUACAACAGACGUGGCUGA